GUGAGUGAGUGAGUAAGCGAGCGAGAGAGGGAGUAAAUUGGAGAGUGCGUUACUGUCUCUCUUGUUCGCACUCAAUCGGAAUAUCAGAUUUACUUUCGUAUCCUGCGAGUUCGUAUGCUACGUCUGCGACCGCCAGGGUUUAUAAGUCCAACUUUAAAAGUUUUGAUCUGCAAACAGACGGGUUAAAAAAUUAGUUUCUUUGUUAUUUCAUGACAGUACUCUGCACUCUUUUACGCCCGAGUCUAAUGGAGGGGCCCGUGCGGAUUUGCAACUGUAAAAAUGCGUUUUUCGUGUAGUUCAUCCGGCUGACCGAAGCUCGUACCCUCCAGUGAGAGGUGUCGGGGCAGAGGGGCAGACCUUGAGGCUCUGGGACGGCUCUGGGGGUCCGGAGGGGGUGAGGGUGCACCAUGGAUGCCCGCCCUGGGGUCCUCUCCACCCUCCUGUAUCUGUGCCAGGCCUGCCUCGUCAGCUGCUCUCACAUGUCUAUGCACAUCACUGACAUCCACGUGUACAUAUGCAUGAUUCAUGUGUACUUAUUUCUACAUGUUGACGUUGCUGAUUCGGGGAGGGCGCCCCAGCGCUCUCUGAGUGUGGAGGAGGGCAGCACCGCGCUCAUCCAGUGCCCCCUGCCCCUCAGCCACCCCCCAGCCCUGCCCCGCGUCCGGGUACGGGGGGAGUGGCUGGACAAGUCUACAGGCGAAUAUUUAAUUCUCCCGUCUGGGAACCUUCAGAUUGUGUCCGUGUCCCCCCAGCACCAGGGGAUGUAUAAAUGUGGAGCGUACAACCCAGUCACCCAGGAAACCAAUGUGGAGGCCCGUGGAACAAUGCUUAUCGUCAAACGCUCCGACACCCCCUCCCCAGUGCGGAUGGUGUACCCAACCACCCCUCAGACCGUCGUUGUGGCGAUUUCCCAGUCCGCCACCUUGGAGUGCGUCUUGGGGGGAAGCCCCACGCCCAUCGCUCGCUGGACCAAAGACGGGCAGGAGGUGGCGGUGGGAUCCAAUCACAGACUGUUACACAACAACCUGGUGCUCACCGCCGCCCGGGAGAGUGAUGGCGGUGACUACCAGUGUUCCGCUCCGUCGGAGACUGGGGGCUGGGUCCAUGCAAACUACACCGUCAGCGUCCUCGCUGUAUCGGAGCAGGCAUCUCCAGGCUCCUCCGUCACCUUCACCUGCACCGUCACGGGAAACCCCGCCCCCAACAUCACCUGGCUGUUCAACUCCGCCCCCCUCACCCCUUCACCCCGCCUCGAGAUAUCUGGCUCCUCCCUUCAGAUCGCUGCGGUAACGCAACAGGAGGAGGGCGUUUACCAGUGCUUGGCGGACAACGGGAUUGGAUCUGCUCAGUCAGCUGGUGCUCUCACUGUCCAAUCAGAACGGCUGGUAAAGGCUCCCGAGGCACCAAUCAUAACGAGCCCCCCGCAGACCCAAAAACCGCACGUGUACGACCUGGAGUGGAGGGCGGGGCGGGACUGGGGCAGCCCAAUCAACGCCUACUUUGUCAGGUACCGCAAGCUGGAUGACGUGGGGAAUGUGGCGGGCAGUUGGCACACGGUGCGGGUCCCUGGCAGUGAGAAGGCUCUGCAGCUGGCUGACCUGGAGCCCUCCAGCCUGUACGAGGUGCUGAUGGUGGCGCGCACCGCCGCGGGGGAGGGCCAGCCCGCCAUGCUCACCUUCCGCACCGCCAAGGGAGUACAGGACAGCCAGGACACGCCCGUCGAGGGGAAAAGUGACACGCCCACUCCCGAGGCACCAAUCAUAACGAGCCCCCCGCAGACCCCAAAACCGCACGUGUACGACCUGGAGUGGAGGGCGGGGCGGGACUGGGGCAGCCCAAUCAACGCCUACUUCGUCAGGUACCGCAAGCUGGAUGACGUGGGGAACGUGGCGGGCAGUUGGCACACGGUGCGGGUCCCUGGCAGUGAGAAGGCUCUGCAGCUGGCAGACCUGGAGCCCUCCAGCCUGUACGAGGUGCUGAUGGUGGCGCGCACCGCCGCGGGGGAGGGCCAGCCCGCCAUGCUCACCUUCCGCACCGCCAAGGUGCCCGUGGUCAGUGCUACAUUGACUAUGACUGUGAAGGCUCCUCCUCCUCCUUCGGUUAACCCAAUCCAGAGGGACGAGGGGGAGGGGCUGUUCUCAGAGGAGGACGAGCUGGGGUUCAGCCAGGACACGCCUGUCGAGGGGAAAAGUGACACGCCCACUCCCGAGGCACCAAUCAUAACAAGCCCCCCGCAGACCCAAAAACCGCACGUGUACGACCUGGAGUGGAGGGCGGGGCGGGACUGGGGCAGCCCAAUCAACGCCUACUUCGUCAGGUACCGCAAGCUGGAUGACGUGGGGAAUGUGGCGGGCAGUUGGCACACGGUGCGGGUCCCUGGCAGUGAGAAGGCUCUGCAGCUGGCAGACCUGGAGCCCUCCAGCCUGUACGAGGUGCUGAUGGUGGCGCGCACCGCCGCGGGGGAGGGCCAGCCCGCCAUGCUCACCUUCCGCACCGCCAAGGAAAAGAGCACGUCCUCCGGCAAGAACGACUCCAAGGCCCCCUUUCUGUUCCAGCCUGAGAAGGUUCCAGAGAACGAGAACACCAACACGCACUUCGGGGUGGUCAUUCCUGACCGCGUUCCAGAGGCCCCGGACCGGCCGACCAUUUCCAUGGCGACCGAGAGCUCGGUUUACGUGACUUGGAUCCCGCGGGCCAACGGCGGCUCUCCGAUAACGGCGUUCCGCGUGGAAUACCGCCGCCAGACUCGGAACGCUGACUGGGCCGUCGCCGCGGACAACAUCUCCCCCCUCAAACUGUCGGUGGAGGUGCGCACUCUGGAGCCAGGCUCUGCCUAUCGGUUUCGUGUGGUGGCACUGAACGCAUACGGAGAGAGCCCCCACAGCGCCCCCUCCAGGCCGUACGGGGUCUCUCCCGCUGGCCCGCCCUUCUCUAGCCGCCCGGUGGCCGGACCCCACAUCACCUCCACCGACGCCGUCAGCGACUCGCAGAUCAUGCUGCGCUGGACCUACACUCCUUCCAGCAACAACAACACUCCCAUUCAGGGAUUCUACAUCUACUACCGUCCCACAGACAGCGACAACGACAGCGACUACAAGAGGGACGUGGUGGAAGGCAGCAAGCACUGGCACCUGAUUGGCCAGCUCCAGCCCGAGACUUCCUAUGACAUCAAGAUGCAGUGCUUCAACGACGGAGGAGAGAGCGAGUACAGCAACGUCAUGAUCUGUGAGACCAAAGUCCGCCAGGCCCCGGGAGUCCCGCGGGAGCACCCGAUCACGCCGCCCGGCCCCUACCCCCCGGACCCCCCGGCCCAGGCUGGGGGGCUGCUGUACCUGAUCGUGGGCAGCGUGCUGGGGGUGAUGAUGCUCAUCCUGCUGGUCUUCAUUGGCAUGUGUCUGUGGAGGAACCGCCAGCAGAGCGGCCCGCACAAGUACGACACCCCCGGAUACCUGUACCAGCCUGCGGAGAUGAACGGGCACGUGCUGGAGUACAGCACCCUGCCCGGGACCGCCCGAAUCAACGGCUACAGCCACACCGGCUCCCCGCCCCCCUCCAGCUGCCCCCACCUCCACCACAAACUGCCCAACGGCACGAUGCUGCCCAACGGGACGGGGUCUACCCACUACCCGCACGGGCACACCCACACCCACUCCCACUCCCACAGCCACGACGGUCCCCUGGAGUACGAGCACCUCCCACACCACCCCCACAACGGAGGUGGAAUGUACACAGCGUUGCCCCAAUCAGAUUCCUCUGACUGCAUGAGCUGCCAGAACUUCUGUAACAAUAAUAGGUGCUACGCCAAAGCCAACGGAACCUUCUCCAGCGGGUCCCUUCCCAUGAUGCACCGGGCGGCGCCGUGCCAGCAGGACGCGCUGGAGAUGGUGCCGCUGGGUCAUGUGACCUCCCAAUCCCAGGGUUCCGAGGGUCACCCGCUCGGUGGGGAUGAAGGAGGCGGGAAGGCUGGCGAGGAGGAGGAGGAGCCAGGAAGCAAGACCCCGCCCCAUUCCCAGCACUCCUGCUGUCAGUCAGGGGACCACCAGUGCUGCUCAUUGGAGGAAAGAGACGGGGAGGAGCUGCUGUUUGAGGAGGACCCAGACGGACUGGGUGUGUGCUGGGAGACUCUGGUGCUGCCGGAGCUGGACUGUAAGGAGAAAACAGCCUGGAUCUCCAACGGCAGUAUGACUGGAGGCCUUAUACAGCCACAGCUGCAGGAGAUCUGAACCUAUACUGUACACACACACACACCCACACCCACACACUCUCUCUCUCACACACACACAUGCUGUCAUACACACACACACAUACACACACUCUCUCUCUCACACACACACAUACUGUCAUACACACACACACAUACACACACUCAGUCUUACUCUCCCACACACACACACACCCACACCCACACACUCUCUCUCUCACACACACACAUGCUGUCAUACACACACACACACAUACACACACUCUCUCUCUCACACACACACAUACUGUCAUACACACACACACAUACACACACUCAGUCUUACUCUCCCACACACACACACACCCACACCCACACACUCUCUCUCUCACACACACACAUACUGUACACACACACCCACACACUCUCUCUCUCACACACACACAUACUGUACACACACACACACCCACACCCACACACUCUCUCUCUCACACACACACAUACUGUACACACACACACCCACACCCACACACUCUCUCUCUCACACACACACACACACAUACUGUCAUACACACACACACAUACACACACUCAGUCUUACUCUCCCACACACACCCACACCCACACACACUCUCUCUCUCUCACACACACACACACAUACUGUCAUACACACAAACACCCACACUGUCAUACACACACACACACACACACACACAGGAGAUUUGAACCUAUACAUGUACACACACACUCAUACACACACACUCACACACACACACUCAGCCUUACUCUCCCACACACACACACACACACACACACACUGUCAUACGCACACAGGAGAUCUGAACCUAUACAUGUACACCAACACAAAGUCUCUCUCUCACACACACUGUCAUACAUGUACACACACACACACGUGCACACACACCCACCCUCACACAGUCUCUCUCUCGCACUCACACAGAGUCAUACACACACACCCUCCUACACACACGCAUCAGAGAGUGAACGAGGGAAAAGGGAAAUGGAUGAGGGAGAUGGAGGACAGAGAGACGGGACGACCAGCUUCUUCUGAUGGUCAGAGACAAUGAGAGACACCGCUGAUCUCAGACCAGUCUGGGAGACGCACGUCUGCAUGAUCAGAGACAAUGAGAGACAACGCUGAUCUCAGACCAGUCUGGGAGACGCACGCCUGCAUGAUCAGAGACAAUGAGAGACACCGCUGAUCUCAGACCAGUCUGGGAGACGCACGUCUGCAUGAUCAGAGACAAUGAGAGACAUGGACUCUGUUGACCUCAGAUCAGGCUGGGAGACAUGGGGGGAGGGGGGAGCAGGACACGAUCAGACUACAGCCCACAAAUGGAGAAAAAAAAAAGAUUUUUUUUUUUUAAAGAUCAAAAACUCUUUAGAUGACUUAUUUAUUUUUUGUAGUAGUAAAAUAUUAUUUCAUAUGAAUGUAUCUGUUUUAAGAAAAAAAAGUUUCUUUUAUAUUAUUUAUGCUUUCUUUUGUUUUUGGUUGUUGAAAUUUUUUUAUUUUUUAUUUUAUUUUCGUUUGGCUCGUUGCGGUUGGGGUGGAGUUUAACCUGUUUUUGUGUAAAGUUUUGUGAUAUUAUAAAGAGAACCUAUGGAAGAGA